AUGAAGUUAACAACAGCAGCAGCUCUUCUGGCCCUUUCGCCUUUGGCCGAGGCAACCAAGGAUCGCAGACCGCCUGUCAGCUCCAAGAAGCUUCAGAAGCUCAUCACUGAGAAAGGCUUGAUGCGCAAUUUGGACAAGCUCAACGAGAUCGCAUACGAUAAUGGUGGCAAUCGCGCAUUUGGUCUUCCAGGAUACGCAGCCUCGGUCGAUUUUAUCUACAAGGAGAUCUCUAAGCUCAAGGGCUUUAAGACCUGGAAACAGGACUUCCCUGCCAAUUUCACGCAGACCCUGGCAGCUGAAGUGACGGUUGAUGACGAGACAUUCAGGACAAUUGCUUUGACAUACACUCCCAGUACCUCUGAGGAGGGUGUUACAGCUGAGCUCGUCCAUGGACCUGAAGGAACGGAUGCUUGUGAUGUUGCAAACUACGCAGGCCUCGAUGUGAAGGGCAAGGUCGUCCUUGUCGAGCGCGGUCUUUGCCCCGACCAAACCACCUUCGCGGGCAAGGUCAAGCCCGCAGCAGCUGCUGGUGCCCAGGUCGUGGUCCUCUACAACUCAGAUGAGGCCAAACUCACAGCCGGUACUCUGUCGGCCCCAAACCCGAAGGAGUAUGUGCCCACGGGCCUUAUCGACCAAGGACCUGGAAAAGCUCUCAAGGCCAGACUUGACGCAGGAGAGAAGAUUGAGGUGUUUGCCAAGAUCAUCCAAACAAUCGAGACGCGCAUUACCCAGAACGUCUUUGCCGAGACCAAGGGCGGCGACGGUGAAAACGUGGUCAUGCUCGGGGCUCAUCUUGACUCUGUCCAGGCCGGACCCGGUAUCAACGACGAUGGAUCGGGAACAACUCUCAUCCUCGAGACUGCAAAGGCUCUGCAGCACUUUUCUACCAAGCUCAAGGUUCGCUUUGGAUGGUGGGGUGCUGAGGAGAAUGGUCUGGUGGGAUCCCGCUACUACGUCAACAACCUCAAGACUGCUGAAGUUGAUAACCUUUUGACUUACCUCAACUUCGACAUGGUCUCGCGUGGAUUCUUUGGUGUCUUUGACGGUACUGGCGAGAAGAAGGCUCCUGGUGGACCUCCUGGGUCUGAAGUCAUUGAGGAUCUCUUCAGAGAUUACUUCAAGUCCAAGAAGAUUGAAGUCACCCCAGUUGGUCUGACCGGCGGCUCUGACUAUGUUCCUUUCCUUCAGGUCAUCAAGAAGCCUGUUGGUGGUCUCUUUACAGGAACUGGCCUGGAGCAGGAUGCGUGCUAUCAUCAGGCUUGCGACAACAUCACCAACCCCGUUCCCGAGACCUUGCACACCAACGCUCACGCGGCGGCUCAUGUUCUCAGCAAGCUCGCUAUUGAUGGUGUCAAGCUUAUUCCCAAGACACCUGCGAACACUACUGUUGGGUCUAUCAAGAGAGUGAGAGAUCCAGCUUCGAUGCAUUUCCAUGAGGUCAAUGGCGUGGAGGGAAAGCCUUGUGAUCACGAUAUUGUUUAA